AUGGAGAGAAAAAAAAAGAAAGAAACUGUCACGGACCAUUUUCGACUUCCGGGAAUUUUCACGCUUGGUAUAAUACAUGGACAAACCUCAUUGAGAUCAAAUAAACGACAGCAGCAAAGCAGAACAACAUCGACGACAUCGAGUCCUGUGAUUAACGGUGAUGACGAUGAUGAUCCCGCAUUAACCGACGAAUGUCCCGAACCGAAUGGAUAUUUUGCUGAUGCUUAUCAAUGUGAUAAAUAUUACGAAUGCAGAGAUGGAGCCAUUACGGAAAAACUAUGUCCCGACGGUAUGGUUUUCAACGAUUUCAGUCCUCAACAUGAAAAAUGCGAUCUUCCAUUUGGUAUCGAUUGUUCUCAAAGACCGGAACUUCAAAAACCACAGCCGACUCUACACUGUCCGAGAUUGAAUGGUUAUUUCGCACACGAGGAUGCUGGUACCUGCGAUAAAUUUUAUUAUUGCGUAGAUGGAAAAUUUAAUAUGAUAACGUGUCCGGGUGGUUUGGUAUACAAUGAAAAAACAGGAAUAUGUAGUUGGCCGGAUGAAGCUAAAAAAAAAGGAUGUUCAUCCCAAGAUGUUUUUCAAUUUACUUGUCCGAAAGUUAACGAAAGCGAAGCUAAAACUCAUCCACGUUAUGCAGAUCCAGAAGAUUGUCAAUUUUUUUACGUUUGCAUAAAUGGUGAAGUUCCGAGAAGAAACGGAUGUAAAAGAGGACAAGUUUUUAACGAAGAAAAAAGAGUUUGCGAUUGGCCGAGAAACGUGCCUGAAUGCAAAGACUGGUACAAGGGCAUUAUAACAGACGAAGAAUUAGAAGCUCUUGAACAUCCAAAACCAAAGCCUAGACCGAGUGAGGAAACUAUAAGAAAACGAAACGACGCUGCAUUUAAAUGUCCUCAACAUGACGGUUUGUACGAGGAUCCAGUUCAAUGUGAUAAAUAUUAUGAAUGCGUUGAUGGUGAAGCAGUAGAAAAAUUAUGUCCUGACGGUUUGGUUUUCGAUCCGACCAUAAGGAAGGUUAAUAAAUGCGAUCAACCUUUUAGCGUAGAUUGCGGAGAUAGAUUGGAACUUCAACCGCCCAAAUCGAACCAUCUUUGUCCAAGAAGAAAUGGAUAUUUUGCUCACCCGGACGAAUCCGUUUGCAAUAUAUUUUACAAUUGCAUCGAAGGAGAAGCAACGGAAAUCGUAUGUCCUACCGGUCUUCAUUUCGACGAAUAUUCAGGUACCUGCGUGUGGCCAGAUGCAGCUGGAAGAACGGGUUGCGGUAAUAAAGAAGCGAAAUUGAAAGAUGGAUUCAGUUGCCCUAAGGAAAUUCAAACGGAUUCCCGAGGUCAAGCAGUUGCUCAUCCAAUGUAUGCUCACCCUGAAGACUGUCAGAAAUUUUACGUUUGUUUGAACGGUGUUACACCCAGAGAACAAGGUUGUUCGUUAGGUCAAGUUUAUAAUGAAGAAACUGGAAAAUGUGACGAACCAGAAAAUGUUCCGGGAUGCGAGGAUUGGUACAAAGAUGAUCCCGAUGUUCAAAGAGCUAAACAAGAUGAAAAAUUAAGAGAAGCUGCGGCGAGCAACAGAGCUAAAUACCGACAAAAAUAA